AUGAAGGCAAUAUCAUAAACCAAUGUUUGGAGGUAUCCACAUAUUACAUCAUCAAAAAUCCUUUAUUUCACUUAAUACAUUAAGAGAUAUGAAAUUUAAACAUGAGAGAGAUAUGACUAUCUAAACCGCCCAACCACAAAAAUGAUGACGUAAUUCUGUUUAGAAAGUAAGGUGUUUGUCUAACCUUUGUUUGAAAUUUAGCAUGUCUCACAUAGCACGAUGUCAGACCCCAUCUCGCGUCAUAUAAUUUACGAACCUCCCCCCACAUGGAACAAUCAGGGGCUAUCGUGCCUAUGCCUCACUAUGGACCAAGAAGUCGUUCCCGACACCCAGCAGACCGGAAGUCACGCCAAGACAGAAAAAAUUCCUCCUCCUUCCCCCGAAGUAGACAAAUCUCACCUGAACCAACGCCCAAAACUCGCCAAAACUUGGCAAAAACUCGGCCCCCUCAUCGCCACAUCGGUCGCCAAUCGAAAAAUGUACGACGGAUAUGAAAUCGCCGUUAAAAAUGAGACCUAUACUUGCCUCGCGUGCGGCUUUGUAAUUUCGGGAUCGCGUAAAUCAAAAAAAUCCGAUAACAGAAGGUUAAUCAAACUGCACAUAAAAGCGAAACAUUUAAACGCUUUCCGAUGUGAACCAUGCGAAAAGGACUACACCUCGUAUACCAUUUUACAAACUCACCUCCGAAAAAUGCACUCCGCCGGAAAGCUUCCCACCCACGUUUGCGAAAUCUGCGGAAAAACCGUGUCCAACAUCGAAUUGCAUGUAUGGAACCAUCACAAAUCCCCCGAGGAGAAAGAACAAGUCAUCCAGUCCGGGGUAGGAUUCGGCCUCAUAUCGUGUGACAAGUGUGGAAAAGAAUUUUCCGGACAUGACAAGCUCGCAGCGCAUCAAACCCAAGGAAACCGAUGUAAAGGGGCCAAGAUAAGCGUCGAAAACGAUCCUGCCGCUGGAACCUCUGGUGUCGUCCUGGGGAGCGCAGAUAAGUCGGACACCUCGCUUUCAAAACCUUCCAACGGGAGGCUCACAUGUCGCAUCUGUGGUCGCUCAGUGACCUUUUACAGUCACGCUCAACACGAAUGGACGCACAAAAAUGAGGCUGAAAAGGAGGAAAGUAUUCGACUGGGGACAUCCCCAAAGGUUCGGUGUCACAUCUGCAACACGUACGUGCUCCACAGCGGCUACAAGGCCCACCUCGAUGUUCACAAGAAUCCCGAAGAGAUUUCCCACCUCGUCUGCGAGUGGGACGGAUGCGGGCGCAAAUUUGCGAGAAAAUCGUACCUGGCCCUGCACAUUAAAACGUUCCAUCAGCGCUGGAAAUCUCCACCCGUGGCCAAACCUAAACUCGAUCUGCUCUGUCCUGGUGACAACGAAUAAGUCAAGAUUUUCGAAAUGUUCUACCAACUUUUGACUAUGUUUGUUACUUCCAACGCAAUUCGUAUCCCAACCAACGUCAUUCCCAAGGAGCCAAACAACUUUCUCCUCUCCGCAAAUGCAACUAAUAAUUGGCGACUAGACUGUCGCAACUUAUCCCUCGUAGGCCCAGGUGGGUACCCAAGACAGGAUUCAGAUUUUCAUGGUUACUCUAAUUUUUCGCGAUCAUCCUGCGUCAACAUUGCACCAGAGAUGGGAAACUCGUUCAAGGGAAUUGCCUUAUUUGAUUGGGAAUCGGUCCGACUCCACAAAAAUAAAGGCUGUGAAGGGACCGGUCUUGAGGUUACUAAGGGUCGACCAUUUGAAUCUAACGAAAUUUUCUUCUCGGUUUCUGGACCAGAUUAUGGAAAGGUUGGACCACUAGCGGUGUCAGACGACUUUGUCUCCACUUGCGAAGUGUAAGAAGAAUGGAUUCCUGUAAAAAGCUUCGACAACACUAAUGGAACAACACUGGUCGAUUGUACAUGGAGAGAGCGCGAAAUCCAAAUAAUUCCACCAGCUGUUGAUUCCGGAAUAGUUCCCAUUUCUUUAUCACCCGAACAGCCAGUUGUCUACGGACACGUACCAUGGCCAACUGCAUGGCGGUUGCUGCGCAGGUUUAACCAAGAACUGACUGAUAAUUGGUUAAGGGAGUAUGAUACUGUGGCUGGUGGUUCGUCGCAAAAAACGUUUAGCCGUACGUCAUCAAGUUCAACUACAAUUGAACCCGGUUGGAGACAUGUGACGGAGCAGCUGAUUGCAAUUUGUAAGAACGAGUCUGUCCGUUUGGGAGUUUGGAUGCAUUCAUAUCGAAGCCGCGCUUAUGACAAAAAAAUGCAAUAUUCGAUCCAGACACGACACAUAAAGAGCUCUUCACGAAGCACCCACCGGUCGGAAACCCAAACGCGGAACCGUUCAUUAGGCGAUUCUCACCCCUGGAACUACUCUACCGUAGGGAAGAACUAUGGCCUACGCCCGCAUAUGGAGAUCGAAUUUCCGUACCGUGUACACCAACGACCACAUUCACUUGUGAGUGUUCAGAUGCACCGGUGGUGAAACCAAGUCCACGAACACGCUCAAUUUACGGGUGAGCAGCAGUGUACGCUAUUUGGCAAAAAGGCAUGCCGAAAAUAAUGCCUUUUUGCCGUAAAUGCCUUUUUCAAUGCCGGAUUGCCGUAAACCGUGCCUUUUUGCCGUAAACGUGCCGUAAAUGCCGUAAAUUAAAAUCUAUGGCCAAAUUGUGAGACACUUCAACCAUGUAACAAUAAAAGUUAAAUAUUUUUCUAAAUGUUUUUAAUUUUAAAUAAAUUUAUGCAUAUCAUUUAUGCAUAUGUAUUGAUAACCUGAGAUAACUCUCAAUACAAAGUAAACCACCAACUAUUAGAGUUUGCAUUACAAAGUUUAAGUUUUCUUAUAUAUUUAAAUACUAUACGUUAAAAAACAAAUAAAUUUUAAGAAAUUAAGAAAUUUUUUAUAUAGUCAGCUUUUUUAAAUCUAUAACAAAAAUGGAUACAUACAUGCAUGCAUACGUAUUUAUAUAUACAAAGCAAAUACAUAUGCCUAAGGAGUUACGCAUUUAAAAAUUACAUUUGCAAAUUAAAUUGAAAGACUUACACAUAUAUGAAUCAGAAUCCAACUUCAAUUGUGAAAGUUCUCUAUCAUAUUUAACUCUUCUAGUGAUUUUUAAUGUUUUAACGAGUUUUCAUAUGUAGUAUCAGUAAACAAUAACCGAUUUUACUCUUUGUUCAUCAAUUAAACUAUUUAUUCACCAGAAUAUCAAUUACACUAGUUUGCAUGAGAGUAUUUUAUCAUUUUGCCCCAUUUUUUGAAAAAGGCAUUUACGGCAUUUACGGCAAAAAGGCAUACUUUUUUGCGAUGCCUAUUAGGCAUUUACGGCACGUUUACGGCAGGCAUGCCUUUUUGCCCUAGAGUACACUGGUGAGCAGGCAUAACUACUUGGUUAGUGGGUGGUCACACGACCAUUGUUAACUAAAAUUUGAACGGUGGAGUAUACACAUUUUUGCUUGCUUAGUAUAUUGAACUUAAUAUACUCACUUUGAAUCAUCUCUACAUAGAUAUUGCUGAAAUAAUGAGAAUGAAAUGACAAUGAAAAUC